UAUGAGACGGAUAAUAUGCACACAAAUGCAUUUUGACCCGCAAUCUCAAACGAGGCGUUUGUGUUCCGUGCUCUCAGUAGAUAAUACGAGUUUAAGGUGAUAAGUUUUUGACGAUGGAUAGUGGAUUUAGUCGCGGACAGUCAGAUAAUUUACCUAAAGUCGAUAUGUCAAUGGUGUUUGAUUUUUUAUCCAACAAUCCUUUGUAUACAAGUGCAGAGAUCAGAGGCGUCAAGCUUUCAAGAUCUGCUCGAGAAAGUUAUGGCGAUGACGCAAUAGGCUAUGUGCAGGUGAAAAGGGAGAAGAAAUUGUGCAUAGUUAAAGCCAGAAUCACUCCGGAGCACAAAGUUAAGAGUAAGCCGUAUAGCUGCACAUUUAUUUGCAACGAAGAGACGCAACAAAUUGUAAGCGUAAUUUGCGAAGACUGUGCAGCUAGCCAGGGAGGAUGCAAACACGUCAUUGCAUUAGUUAUGUGGCUAAACAGGCGUUAUGAAGAACCGCCCUGCACAGCUGUGAAGUGCUACUGGACAAAAGCUAAACUUUCGUGUGUAGGGAGUAAUCUAAAAUUCAUUAAAACAGCUGAUUUGGUUGCGCCUACGCCAACUUCGAAAAAAAAUAAAUCCCCGAAGGCAGAUUUGCCUCCUAGUGAUGGGUCUUUUUUUAAAGAAGUAAUUGAGAACUCAAACAAAUUUAAUCUAAAUUCAAUGCUGAUGCUGUACAAUAAACCUAAUGAUGGGCCUACCCUAUCCAUCCAUUCAAUGGCAUGUCAUUACAAACGCCAGGUCCAGAAACCGAAUGCGGACGGUUUCAUACAAUUUUGCAAGGACCAUAUGCAGAAAAUUGAUAUUAAAACAGUUUCGCAAGAUACGAUAGACCAAUCUGAAUCUAAAAUGUGGUUUGAACUGCGUUACGGCCGCAUUACUGCCUCAAAGCUGCACGAACUCGCACGAUGUGGCAAAGAUAAUGGAGUGUUAGUGGAGCAUAUAUUAGGAGCAUAUUCUUUUAAAGAUACAAAAGCUAAUAUUAGAGGAAAAACUUUGGAGCCCAAAGUUCGACAAGUAGUCGCUGCAAAACAAAAUAUUUCAAUAAAAGAAAGUGGGCUACUCCUCAAUAAGGAUUUUCCCAUUUUUGGUGCAUCACUGGACGGAAUUUCAGAAGAAUUCGCAGUAGAAAUAAAAUGCCCAUCCAGCAAAAAAAAACAUUAAACACUAUGUACAAGACGGACAGAUCACAAACAAGUAUAGGGCCCAAAUUCACCUUCAAAUGUUAUUUGCUGAAAAGAAAAAGGGGUUGUUUUGCAUUGCCCAUGAGGACUUUGAAAUUUCUAACAAUGUGGAUAUUUAUGUCGUGGAUUACGAUAUGCAAUUUUGCAGUGAAUUAAUGGACAAAA